ACAGCCAACCAACUAUCCCCAGAGGGCAGCCGCUUGUGGGAGCGAGGUCUUCCAGAAGCAGGCAAACCUCCGGAGAUCCAUUUACUCUCUUUUCCAGGCUUCACUUUUUUAUUCUGUUUCGUAAGGCAACUAUGACGUCGCCAGAGGGAAACACGGUCACGAUUGGCCGCGAGUAUUUCAACACGCUCCUGCGAAGGGCAGAAUAUAAUUCCAAGCCUCUUGAGUCAACUGGAAAUUUUGCUUCUGUGGUCAUUUCGCGGGCCGAAUAUGACAACCUUGUGCUGAUCGCCAGACAAUAUGGCAAUCUCAGACGGAACCUCCUUCGCGGCGGCGUAGGAGAGGAGACAGUAGAUCUUCUUAGCCAGGAUGACGAGACCAUCCGAAGGGCACCCACCUCGGCGGCGAACCAACAGGCGGAUCCCAACGAAGACGGAGGCGCCCGCCUAGACUCGCCCACGCCGGAUCCAUCGGCUGCUUAUGCCCAGCAGAAAGACACGCAGCACAGCCCCCGGCAUGGUCGCUCGGCAUGGGCCGACAGUGAUGUGGACGAAGCUGAUAACGACGACGAGAACGGCGCCAGUGAGGCUGGUUCGCGCCCCGAGGACCGCCCUGGCGCGAGGUAUACUAAACCCCAGGGCCAGCGCCCGCAGUUUGAGCGCCAAUGUGCCCGUACCCUUCAGCUGUCCAACCUAGCAGAAGGCACAACCCAUGCCGACAUUGUGAAUGCUGUGCGUGGCGGGAUGCUCCUGGACAUCUUCUUGCGCAGUCACGAUCGCUCCGCCACAGUUUCUUUCUUAAACUCGGAGGAUGCGAAAAAGUUCUAUGAACAUGUUCGCCGGCAUGAUUUGUACAUCAGGAACAAAAGGGUCGAAGUCAGGUGGAACGAUCGCCAGUUCAUCCUUCAGGGUCACGUAGCGAACAAGAUCAGCAUGGGUGCCAGUCGCAACUUGGUGAUCCAGGGGUACGAUAACAGACAUACCGAGGACGUCAUCCGCGGGGACCUGGACCACAUCCACACCCUGGUCGUGGUCAAGAUCGAGUUCGUCGGCAGCAGCUGUUACAUCGGCCUGAACUCUGUCCAUAACGCCAUCUACGCGCGCCAGUGCAUGCUGACUCGCCUGCGAUACAAGGGCAAAAAGAUCAGCUUCGACGUCGACGAAUGUGCGCAGCCUUAUCCACAGCCAGCGCCCAAGCCGCGAAAGGAGGUGGCCCCGCCCAGAAAGAAACUCGCCAGGGUGCCGAAUCGCUUCCAGCUGCUGAGUCCGGACGACGGUGAUGACGACGAGAUCGCGGCAACGUUCGGGACCAAGAAUGCGGUAGGGAUCACGGCCUAGAACUCGAACGGGAUUGCACGGG